AUGGAGCUGGCUUGGAAUUCAGUGUUUAUUGUCCUCCUAAGCUUUUCAUGCUGGGGGUUAGAUUGGGAAUCUGAUAGAAACUUCAUUUCAGCUGCUGGUCCUCUCACCAAUGACCUGACGUACAACCUGGGUGGUCCACCGGGAACCCAGGGUUCUAACUUUGUAGCAGAGGACAAAAGCGUUUAUGUUUGUCAACAACCACUGCCUUCUUCCCUGCCGGAGUACUUCAGUCGUGUUCAUGCCAGUGAGAUCACCCAUUAUAAAGUAUUUCUGCCAUGGGCACAACUUCUCCCAGCAGGAAGUUCCGAGAACCCAGACAGCAAGACAGUGCAGUGCUACCGGCGAUUCCUUGAGAUCCUCAAGACGGCGAAGCUUCAGCCCCUGGUCGUUCUGCAUCACCGGACCCUCCCUGCCAGCACCAUCCGGAGAAGUGCAGUCUUUGCUGAUCUCUUUGCAGACUAUGCCACAUUCGCCUUUCACUCCUUUGGGGACCUGGUUGAGAUCUGGUUCACGUUUGGUGACUUGGAGGAGGUGAUAAAAGAGCUUCCCCAACAGGAAUCAAGAUCUUCACAUCUCCAGACCCUCACUGAUGCCCACAGAAAAGCCUAUGAGAUUUACCAUGAAAAAUAUGCUUCUCAAGGUGGAAAGCUCUCUGUGGUCCUGCGAGCUGACGCCGAUUCAGAGCUCCUGCUGGAACCGUCCGCAUCUUUGCUUGCUAAGGGCACUGUCGAUUUCCUCUCUCUUGAUUUGUCUUACGAAUGCCAAAGUGAAGCAAGUUUGCCACAGAAGCUGAGUAAAUUGCAGACUAUUGAGCCAAAAGUGAAAAUUUUCAUCUUCAGUCUGAGAUUCCAGGACUGCCCUUCCACCAGGAAGAACUCAACCGGGCUGCUCUUUAGCCUUCUCGAGGCCGUAAGUGAACACCAGGUUCUCAUCAUUGGGUUUGAUCUUAAUACGCUCCUAAGCUGUUCACGAAGCUCCAAGACAAGCAGGUCCUGCUCACCGACGGCCGGCCCGUCCCCUCAAGCGGCGGCGCUGCGGGCCGUGUGGCCGCCGCGGGCCUCGGCUUACCGGAGAGUCUGGAGGACGUUUGCCAGCCGGUCCGGGGCCGAAAGAGACGCUUUCCUGCGGGAUGUUUUCCCCGAAGGCUUCCUCUGGGGCGUCUCCACGGGGGCCUUUAACGUGGAAGGCGGCUGGGCCGAGGGCGGAAGAGGGCCGAGCAUCUGGGACCCCCUGGGGCGCCCGAACGCCUCCCAGGGCGCCGCGACGCCGGAGGUGGCCAGCGACAGUUACCACAAGGUGGACACCGACGUGGCCCUGCUUCGGGGCCUCCGAGCUCAGCUGUACAAGUUUUCCAUCUCCUGGUCCCGAAUCUUUCCCAGUGGGCGCGGGCGCCAGCCCAGCCGCCGGGGCGUCGCCUACUACAGCAGGCUCCUGGACAGCUUGUUGGACGCGGGCAUCCAGCCCAUGGCCACGCUCUUCCACUGGGACCUGCCCCAGGCGCUGCAGGAGCACGGCGGGUGGCAGAACGACAGCGUGGUGGACGCCUUCCUGGACUACGCGGCUUUCUGCUUCGCCACCUUCGGGGACCGCGUGAAGCUGUGGGUGACCUUCCACGAGCCGUGGGUGAUGAGCUACGCAGGCUAUGGCACUGGCCGACACGCGCCGGGCAUCUCAGACCCGGGGGUGGCCUCUUUUAAGGUGGCUCACUUGGUUCUCAAGGCUCAUGCCAGAGUGUGGCACCACUACAAUAGCCACUAUCGUCCACGGCAGCAGGGACGCGUGGGCAUUGUGUUAAACUCAGACUGGGCAGAACCUCUGUCUCCAGAGAGGCCUGAGGACCUCAGAGCCUCUGAACGCUUCCUGCACUUCAUGUUGGGCUGGUUUGCACACCCCAUCUUUGUGGAUGGAGACUACCCUGCUGCCCUGAAGGCCCGGAUCCAACAGAUGAACCAACAGUGCCCCAGUCCUAUGGCCCAGCUCCCUGAGUUCACCGAGACAGAGAAGCAGCUCCUAAAAGGCUCUGCUGAUUUUCUGGGUCUGUCUCAUUAUACCUCCCGCCUUAUCAGCAAGGCCCAAGAAGAUUCUUGCAUCCCCAGCUAUGAUACCAUUGGAGGCUUCUCCCAACAUGUGGACCCUGCAUGGCCCCAGACCUCAUCCCCUUGGAUUUAUGUGGUGCCCUGGGGUAUAAGGAGACUGUUGCAGUUUGCAUAUUUGGAAUAUACAAGAGGAACAGUUCCGAUCUACCUGGCUGGGAAUGGCAUGCCCAUAGGGGAGACCGAAGAUCUCUUUGAAGAUUCCUUGAGAGUAGACUACUUCAAAAAAUAUAUCAACGAGGUGCUCAAGGCUGUUAAGGAGGACUUGGUGGAUGUUCGAUCUUACAUCGCUCGUGCCCUCAUGGAUGGCUUUGAAGGCCCCUCUGGUUAUGGCCAGAGGUUUGGGCUGCACCACAUCAGCUUCAAUGAUAGCAGCAAGCCAAGAACUCCCAGGAAGUCUGCCUACUUUUUCACCAGCAUCAUUGAAAAGAACGGUUUCCUUCCCAAGGUAGUAAAGAGACUGCCACCACCCAGUACAGCGAACUUUCCGCCUAAAAUGAGAGCCUUCACUUUUCCAUCUGACGUGCCCUCCAAGGCUAGAGUAGUUUGGGAAAAGUUCUCCAACCAACCCAAGUUUGAAAGAGAUCUGUUCUACCAUGGCACUUUCCGGGAUGACUUUCUGUGGGGCGUGUCUUCAUCAGCCUAUCAGAUUGAGGGAGCUUGGGAUGCUGAGGGCAAAGGCCCCAGCAUCUGGGAUAACUUCACCCACACACCAGGGAGCAGUGUGAAAGACAACACCACUGGAGACAUCGCCUGUGACAGCUAUAACCAAUUGGAUGCUGAUCUGAAUAUGCUUCGAGCUUUGAAGGUAAAGGCCUAUCGCUUCUCUCUCUCCUGGUCUCGGAUUUUCCCAACAGGAAGAAACAGUUCUAUCAACAGACAUGGUGUUGAUUAUUACAACAGGCUGAUCAAUGGCUUGGUGGCAAGCAACAUCUCACCCAUGGUGACACUGUUCCACUGGGAUUUGCCCCAGGCCCUCCAGGAUAUUGGAGGCUGGGAAAAUCCUUCCUUGAUUGAGUUGUUUAACAGCUAUGCAGACUUUUGUUUCCAGACCUUUGGGGACAGAGUCAAGUUCUGGAUGACCUUUAAUGAGCCCACAUACCAGACAUGGUUAGGUUAUGGCUCAGGGCAGUUUCCUCCACAGGUGAAGGACCCAGGCUGGGCACCUUACAGGAUUGGCCAUGCAAUCAUCAAAGCUCAUGCCAGAGUCUAUCACACUUAUGAUGAGAAAUAUAGGCAGGAACAGAAGGGGGUCAUCUCUUUGAGCCUCGGUACACACUGGGCAGAGCCCAAGUCACCGGAGAUCCUGAGGGACGUGGAGGCAGCUGACCGAUCACUGCAGUUCUCACUGGGCUGGUUCGCCCACCCCAUUUUCCGAAAUGGAGACUAUCCUGAUGCCAUGAAGUGGAAAGUGGGGAAUAGGAGUGAACUUCAACACUUAGCCACCUCCCGCCUGCCAAGCUUCACUGAGGAAGAGAAGAGGUACAUCAGGGCUACAGCCGACGUGUUCUGCCUCAACACCUACUACUCCAGAAUUGUGCAGCACAAAACGCCCAGGUUAAACCCACCCUCCUAUGAAGAUGACCAGGAGAAAACUGAGGAGGAGGACUCUUCAUGGCCUUCCACAGCAAUGAACAGAGCUACGCCCUGGGGGAUGCGAAGACUGCUCAACUGGAUCAAGGAAGAGUACGGUGACAUCCCCAUUUACAUCACUGAAAACGGAGUGGGGCUGAGUAAUCCGAAAGUGGAAGAUACCGAUAGGAUAUUUUACCACAAAACCUACAUCAAUGAAGCUUUGAAAGCCUACAGACUGGAUGGUGUAGACCUUCGAGGCUAUUCUGCAUGGUCUCUGAUGGACAAUUUUGAGUGGCUGAAUGGCUACACAGUCAAGUUUGGACUGUACCAUGUCGAUUUCAGUAACACAAACAGGCCUCGCACAGCCAGAGCCUCGGCCAGGUACUACAUGGAGGUCAUCACCAACAAUGGCAUGCCACAGCCCAGGGAAGAUGAGUUUCUCUAUGGACAUUUUCCUGAGGGCUUCAUCUGGAGUGCAGCUUCUGCCGCGUAUCAGAUUGAAGGCGCAUGGAGAGCAGACGGCAAAGGACUCAGUAUUUGGGACACAUUUUCUCACACACCACUGAAGGUGGGCAAUGAUGACACUGGCGACGUGGCCUGUGACAGUUACCACAAGAUUGCUGAGGAUGUGGUCGCCCUGCAGAACCUGGGUGUGUCCCACUAUCGCUUCUCUGUCGCCUGGUCACGCAUCCUCCCGGAUGGAACCACCAAGUACAUCAAUGAAGCAGGUCUCAACUACUACGUGCGGCUCAUUGACGCGCUGCUGGCUGCCAACAUCAAGCCCCAGGUGACCAUGUACCACUGGGAUCUGCCACAGGCACUCCAGGAUGUUGGAGGCUGGGAGAAUGAGACCAUUGUGCAGCGGUUUAAAGAGUAUGCAGAGGUGCUCUUCCAGAGGCUAGGGGACAAGGUGAAGUUUUGGAUCACCCUGAACGAGCCUUUUGUCAUCGCUAACCAGGGCUAUGGCUACGGGACAUCAGCUCCAGGAAUCUCCUUUAGGCCUGGCACUGCCCCCUACAACGUUGGCCACAACCUCCUAAAGGCUCAUGCUGAGGCCUGGCAUCUGUACAAUGAUGUGUACCGCGCCAGGCAAGGUGGCGUGAUUUCCAUCACCAUCAGCAGUGACUGGGCUGAGCCCAGAGACCCCUCCAACCAGGAGGAUGUGGAGGCAGCCAGGAGAUACGUUCAGUUUAUGGGAGGCUGGUUUGCACAUCCUAUUUUCAAGAAUGGCGAUUACAACGAGGUGAUGAAGACACGGAUCCGUGAUAGGAGCUUGGCCGCAGGCCUCAGCAAGUCUCGGCUCCCAGAGUUCACGGAGAAUGAGAAGAGGAGGAUCAAUGGCACCUAUGACUUUUUUGGGUUCAAUCACUACACCACCAUCCUGGCCUACAACCUUGACUAUGCCUCUUGGAUCUCUUCCUUUGAUGCAGACAGGGGAGUUGCCUCCAUUACAGAUCGCUCCUGGCCUGACUCUGGUUCCUUCUGGCUGAAGGUAACACCUUUUGGCUUCAGGAAGAUACUGAACUGGUUAAAGGAGGAGUACAACAACCCCCCAAUUUAUGUAACAGAGAAUGGAGUGUCCCAACGGGGAGAAAUGGACCUCAAUGACACCCUAAGGAUCUACUACCUCCGCAGUUACAUCAAUGAAGCCCUUAAAGCUGUGCAGGAUAAGGUGGAUCUUCGAGGAUACACGGUUUGGAGUGUGAUGGACAACUUUGAGUGGACCAUAGGCUUUGCAGAGAGGUUUGGUCUGCAUUUUGUGAACUACACAGACCCUUCUCUGCCAAGAAUCCCAAAAGCAUCAGCCAAGUUCUUCGCCUCUAUAGCCCGGUGCAAUGGCUUCCCUGACCCAGCUGCGGCGCCGCACCCUUGCCUCCAGCCAGAAGCUGCUGGACCUACCGUCAGACCCCUGCAAGAGGAAGAAGUUCGGUUUCUGGGGCUAACACUAGGAGCGACAGAAGCCCAGACAGCUUUGUACGUACUCUUUUCUCUGGCGAUUCUCGGUGUCUCCUGUGUUACAUUUCUGUCAUACAAGUACUGUAAGCACUCCAAACAAGGGAAAACACCAGCAGGCCAACAGGAAUUGAGCACUAUUUCUGCAUUCUGA